AUGUAUUAUUUUGCUAUGUAUACAUCCUUGGUGCUAGCCUUGUUACUCAUACCGUUUUUAAUACCUUUAAAAUCGAAGAAUAGGUGGCAUCGUAACAUCAAAUCAUUCCUCAUUAUCGCAUUAAUUGUAUCAUCACUCAUAACACUAACACCUCAAAUUGCAGUUGAUGGAGCUCCCAUUCAUAAAUAUGGUAGUGAGAAAAUAGCAUUUUUAAGUUGCAAUUAUCAAAUAGUAACAACCACUAAGUUCUGUGAAGAAGAUAAUUAUGAAUAUUGUUAUUGUGCUAAUCCUGCCGCUUUAGCCACAAUUUCUCAUUGUUUCGUAGUGGGACAUCCAAAGGAAAUUCACUUAUUCUUGAAUCUGUGUAAAGAAAAUUAUAAUAUCACCAUAACUCAUGAUGAAUUCAGACAAGCUCAUCAUGAUUAUUUACUCAAUUCAAAAUCAAUUGAUGAAAUAGAAGAUUAUUCCCCUGCAAAAGUGGUUCAUUUCCCAGUUAAAAUGAAUGAAUCACAAAUUAUAAGCUUUAAGGAUUCAUUUGAUAGAUACCUUGGGAAUUAUGAUAAGUCAAUAGAUUAUGGUGGAUAUGCAGUUUUAUACUGGGUGGUUGCAUUCAUUAUUAUUGCCGCAUGUAAUUGGUCUAAGAUGUUAUUACCUAGAUUGAUUAGAAAAUAUGCAAAUACAAGACUUUUAAACUGGAUAAGAAAGAAUAUAACUUUACCAGCCACCAAAGGAAGGAGGAAAACUGAUGCUAAACCGAUUUAUGGAAUUUUCGAUAUGUUAAUACCUUCGAGAAUAGAAACUAUUUUAUUAACCGGUUAUUUUGCAUUUUGUUUCUUUUUAACCGUUCAUGAUAUUUCAUAUUCUGAUGAUGAUAUCCUUUUCCAUUCAAGAGAUUUGUCUAUAACUAGAUCUAUUGCCGUUAGAGCAAGUAUCUUAACAAGUCUGUCAAUGCCACUCUUAAUCCUAUUUGGCGGUAGAAAUAACUUCUUACAAUGGUUUACAAAGUGGGAUUAUGCAACUUUCAUAACCUUACAUAGAUGGGUAUCAAGAGUCAUAUUUGUUUUGGUUGUUCUUCACAGUUUGUUUUAUACUUAUUAUCUCGGAGGGAUAUCUUCUCCUGAAAUGAGUGAAAGUUAUAUAACAUGGGGAAAAUUAGGUACAUUUUCAGGUUUAGCAAUCAUGAUACAGGGUUUACUUGUCUUAAGAAGAAAAUAUUAUGAAACAUUUUUACUAUUACAUAUCAUUCUAGCAGCAAUUUUUAUAAUUGGUGCCUGGAUGCAUGUCUUAAACUUAUAUUGUUCGUGGUUUUAUUAUUACACUGCUGCAAUUUGGGCUUUUGAUAGAAUUAUUAGAAUAGGGAGAUUGAUAUCAUUUGGAUUCCAUGAAGCAACUGUUAAACUUUUACCCGAUCAAACUUUGCGUGUCGAGGUUCCAACACCUUCAGAUUGGGAAGCCGUUCCAGGUGGACAUGUAUUUAUCCAUUUCUUAAGACCAAGUAGUUUUUGGCAAUCACAUCCUUUUACAUAUAUAAAAUCCAGCAAUCAAGAAAAUACCAUAGUAUUAUUUAUCAAAGUUAAAAGAGGAGUAACCUAUGAUCUUUUUAAUGAAUUAUCCCAAAAUUCAGGAAACAGUACAAAGAUAAGAGUGGCUGUUGAAGGUUCAUAUGGAGAAUCUCUUCCAGUGAGAUAUUAUGAUAAUUCAGUAUUUAUUGCAGGUGGUAGCGGAAUCCCAGGAAUAUAUUCUGAAGCCGUUAGCAUAUUAAAUGAAUCCCAUGAUUUGAAUCAAUAUAUGAAGUUAAUUUGGAUUAUAAGGGAUUAUCAAUCCAUAAUAUCUUUCUAUGACGAGUUAAUGGCUUUGAAGGAUUGCAAAGUGGAAUUAUGCAUUUACAUUACGAAACCGGAUCUACCAUUGUUUGAAGCUGAAGCAAAUACAAGUACAAGCACUGACAUGCUUUUGAAGAAUGAUUCCUUUAUAAGCUACAACUCAAUAGAGUCAAACUCAGCUAUUAAGAUGGGAUCUGUAAGAAAGCAGAUCAAUAAAGAUAUUUUGAAGCUAGAUUUAAGCUUUAUUAAGUUUAAAGAAGGUAGACCAAAUAUCGAACAAAUUGUUAGUGGAAAUAUCAAAGCAUCGACUGGAUCGAUUUGCUUUGUGGCGUGUGGCCAUCCUGUAAUGGUGGAUGAUGUUAGAGCAUCUAUUGUUCAAAAUAUUGAUAUCAAUAGUAAUAAAAGAAUUGAUUAUUUUGAACAGUUACAGGUUUGGUCUUAA